AUGAGGACGGUGACCCAGAGCAUGAUCACGCUCGGCAUGGCAAUGUCAGUCAUGGCGCAGAACCUGUCUUACGGAGCCGAUAACUUCUACCGCAGCAACAACGUGACGGUGCAGCCGAUCAGCUUCCCAACCCAGUACCAAACGACUGUCGCGGCCAAUAUCUUCUAUCUUAAGGACCAGAACAACAGCGCUGCGCCAGCCAUCGUGGUGGGCCACCCCAUGGGGGCCGUCAAGGAACAGAGUGCAAACCUUUACGCUACCAAACUGGCUGAGCAUGGAUUCAUCACCGUUUCCAUCGAUAUCCCCUUCUGGGGCGGUAGCGAGGGCGAGCCGCGCAACGCAGUCUUGCCAGACCUCUAUGCAGAGGCAUUCAGCGCCGCAGUCGACUAUCUCGGCACUCAAAACCUGACAUCUGUCGACCGCGAGCGGAUAGGAGGACUCGGUAUUUGUGGCAGUGGCUCCUUCGUGAUCAGCGCCGCAAAGCUGGACCCCCGCCUCAGAGCCAUCGCUACGGCAAGCAUGUACGAUAUGGGUACUCUCGCCCGCCAGGGCCUCCAAAAUUCGACAAGCGUCGACCAGCUCAAGGAAACAAUCGCCGGGGCAGCUCAGCAGCGCUGGACCGAGAUCGAUGGCGGCGAGCCCCAGUAUACCAGCGGCACUCUGAAUCAUCUCACGGCGAAUGCCACCCCAGUCGAACGCGAGUUCUAUGAUUACUACCGUACCGAGCGCGGCGAGUUCACGCCUGUUGGAUCAACGCCAGAACUUACCACGCACCCCACGCUCUCUUCCUUCGCCAAGUUCGUCAAUUUCUACCCUUUCAGUGGCAUCGAGACAAUCUCGCCCCGCCCUUUACUGUUCAUCUCCGGUGACCAGGCACACUCCCGCGAGUUCAGCGAAUAUGCUUAUUCGCGUGCUGCUGAGCCGAAGGAGCUUCUUUGGGUACCCGGCGCCGGUCACGUCGACCUGUACGAUCGCACCGAGCUUAUCCCGUUCCAGCGACUCACCCAGUUCUUCCAAACGAACCUUUCUUGA